CCAUGAAUGAUGAUGCAAGUGAACAAAUAGCAUUUAAAGACAGAUAACAGGCAAGUCCUCCCUUCCAUCAAGCCUGCACAGUCAAGACAAGAUGGAGAAACUCUUCCUUGUGGUGGUGAUGCUUGCAUCAUGUUGUGCAGCACCCACAGAUCUUUCACACAAAGUGUUUGUCUUCCCCAAGGAGACAAACAAAGAUCAUGUGAAACUGUUGACAUCUAAGACGUCAUUUGAUGCCGUGACGGUCUGUCUCAGGUUCUUCACAGACCUCACCAGGAACUAUGGGCUCUUCUCUUUGGCGACGGUGGCACACAGCAACGACUUUUUGCUCUUCAAGAUAGACACAGACGAUGUAAUGAGUGUGCAAGCUCGGGGCGGCAGCACAAACUUCCUGUCUCUGUCGUUCCCCCCCAACUCCUGGCACUCCAUGUGCGCCACCUGGAAUUCCCAGAACGGUGUGGCACAGUUGUGGGUGGACGGCAAAAAGACCAUCAAGAGGUUCAUCCACUCGGGGCAGCCCAUCAGUGGUAAACCCAUCACCAUUCUGGGCCAAGAGCAGGACACCUAUGGCGGAGGCUUCGACGCCGGGCAGUCGUUCAUUGGGAUGAUCUCCCGGCUUCACAUGUGGGACUACGUCCUCUCCGCCGCUGAGAUCCAACGCUACGUGGAGGACGCAAACUUCAGCCCAGGCAACGUCUUCAACUGGAGGGCUCUCGACUAUGAAAUCAUCGGGAAUGUUUUGGUGGAAGAAGAGAUCCUGUAGCAGCGUGACGUAAUCACUACACGGUGUGUGAAGUGGGCUGCAGCAGCUUGACAAAAAUAAAGAAAAAUACUUGUCAAACUUUC